AAAUUGGCCCGAACCGGUCCGCAGACCGGUUGGACUGUGACGCGUCAGUGAUUUGCAUGGCGCUCAUACUGGCGUCUUGUUUUGCUUUUUUUUCUCCGCAAAGUAUACAAAGGGAGGAUUGGCGAUCUGCGAGUAAUACUGGAUAGCAGAAUGACAUGGCCACGGGCAGAAUGCGUCUACAAUGUCGUCGCCACACAUUCUCGUCCCCCAAACAAAAUAAUUCCCGCAUGAAUGAAAAGUCUGUUGAGCGGCAACAAUUUCUACCACGAUUGCAGAAGGUCAGACUGGGACGUCAUGUAGACGGGCCAUAUAUGCGCUGUUUGGUGCGAUUGGCGUUCCUGGUUGCGGGUGGCGAAACUCGCUUGGUGCCUGUGUUUGUUUCGGGCUGUAGGCGGACCGGCGCAGGUAAGGAUUUUGAAGGAUUCACAAACACGCACUCUUUGCGCCGGAAGAAAAAAGCCGGUUUUGCCUCCCCUUUCUCCCCGCUUCUUCAUUUCUUCUUCUUUCUCACACCUUUCCUCUUUAUACUCUCUUUAAUUUUGCAAUUCUUCAUAUCCCCAUACACCAAGCGCUUUUCGGACCCUUCCUGUUGACUCAGAGUUUGGCUCGGCCCUUUCAUUGUACGACAUUGAGAAACCGACACAUCGGACUGGAGAAAUCGGAUAUGGACAGCAACGGUGAUGCGCUCGUGCGCAUCGUCGUUAGCUCGGAUGGAGUUCCGGAGGACGACUAUGUAGCAACGCAGCCAGAUUCAUGGCUAUUAAUACGGGAAAAGGCAGCAUUCCCGCAACUACGGCUGGCUCCGGGCAUACAGACUCCGCAGCUGACAUUCACCACCACCACGCUCCCAGCCGGCCUGGGG